UCUGCUUUUCCACAUUUAGGGGGAAUGUUUGUUUUGAUUCGACACGUUUUAACUUUUAAUUGCUAUAUCUAUCUCUGAGAAUGUUUCACAUUAAAUGUAUCCGGGUUUUAUCUUCCCUCCGGGCGGCACGCAGCCUCCUGUCAGAGCGACAUUUCUCUUUUAAAGGUGUUACAUAUCCUCAGCUCUGCAUGUCAACAUGCCUUCACAGGGACACUUUGCACAGGGAUAUGAACAUUGCAGGUCUCGUAAAACGCACCAAUGAGGUAUUUUUAUCGAGGGGUUGUUCAACAAGCCAAGUUAAACAUAACUGCUGGAAUUGUAAGCAACUUCUUGACAGAACUCCUUCAUUUUUUUGCGAUUCGUGCAAAACAAUCCAACCCCCUGAGGAGGGGACGUCCUUUUUCAAGAUCAUGGACUGUGAUUAUACAUUCACACUGGACACACAAAAGCUCCAGACGAGAUACUUGCAGCUUCAGCGGACUCUGCAUCCUGACAACUUCAGCCAGAGAUCUGAGAAAGAACAGGAGUAUUCAGAGAGUCAGUCUGCCCUGGUGAGCAAAGCAUACAAGACUUUGCUGAAGCCUUUGACUCGAGGUCUUUACAUGCUGGAGCUUGAGGGGAUGCAUCUAAAGGAGGGAACUGACUCUGUGGCUGAGUCACACUUCCUAAUGGAGUUGAUGGAGAUCAAUGAAGCCCUCGAUGAUGCCCAGAGUCCAGAAGAAGUCAAUAAGAUCGGCCAAGACACCAAAGGGAAACUCGCAGACUUGACGGAGCAGAUAGAUGCUGCCCUUCACAAAGGAGAGCUUCACACUGCAAAAGACCUGCUUACACAAAUGAAAUACUAUGCAAACAUCGAAGAAAAGGUCAAAGAAAAACUCUCUGAUUUUAUGUAAUGUUUCUCUCUUUUUACAUUUGUAGGCACUUUUAAAGCUUUGUAUUAAGUUGCACACAUGCAUAAAAAGUCUGUUAUUUGAUGUUUCAACUUGUAAAAUAAAACAGGUUAUAAAUA